AUGGUGUCACGAAAUCGCGAGAUGUCAUUAGUGCUAUACAAUCGUAACAAUCAGAAUGAUACGUCGAUAGUGGUGCAUGAUGCGCGGACGCGGUCGCUCGUGCUAUUCCACGAGGCCGCGGGGCGACUGUCGUUGGCGGCAUCAGACAGUGCAAGCUACGAGGGGGGGCGGUGCCCACACUGCGGGCACCUGCUCGGACUACAGUCUUACUUUAUCCAUGACCAAUACUUCCAGCUGCUCGAGGAUUUGCCGCGGCCGGGCACGGUGGAGGCGCCGGACACGUUCAUCCCGCAGAACCUGUUUACGCAGGGAUACUACCAGAACUUCUUCCAGGAGUUGGAGGUGUUGGGAAAUGGGGCCCGCGGAGCGGUGUACAAGGUGGAGCACACGUUUCUGGAGCACAGCCUGGGCGUUUACGCGCUGAAGAAGAUUGCCAUCGGGGAUGACAUGGCGUGGCUCAACAAGUGCAUCCAGGAGGUGAAAUUCAUGAACUCUAUCACGCAGGACUGCCUCCAUCUUGUGAAGUACAACCAUGUGUGGCUGGAGCGGACCAGCUCUGUGGGGCACGUAACCGCUCAGGCGGGCGCGAAUAAGACUACGACGGCGACAGAUGACGUACCAUACAUGUUUAUCCUCCAGCAGUUUUGCCCCGGCGGUAACCUUGAAGGCGUCAUCAACACCAAGGUGUUCCAGCGGCUUACGGGCAGCGAGAGCACGGAGGAGCGCAAGAGGCUUUUCCGCAUGAGGCGCCGGGGUCUCACGGGAACGCGGAAGGGCCUGAGCACGCGCCAAGUUUUGUCUGUGGCUUCAGAUCUGGCCCACGGACUGCGCGAGCUGCAUUCGCUAGAUAUCAUACACCGCGACCUGAAGCCGUCGAACUGUCUGCUGCUCGGCGAAUACGACCCGUCGUCCACAGAGAACUUCCCCAAGAUCCUAAUCGGUGACUUCGGGGAAAGCCAGUUGCGGGGCCAACUGCGCACCGCUACCGGUGCCACGGGCACGCUCGAAUUCACCGCCCCCGAGCUCGUGCUGUUUGAGGAUGACGUUCGCGUUAAGGCGAUGACGUCUAGCGCCCCGCAGUUCACCUUCGAGUCUGACAUGUAUUCCUUGGGUAUGAUUCUCUACUUUGUGGUCUUUGGAGAGCUGCCCUUUGGCCCUGGCGGCGAUAUGCGGCUACUCAAGACUCAAAUAAAGAAAUACUCAUGCAGUGCCUCGGCGCUGCAGCAGCGACACAGCGGUUACUUCCUCAAGCCCAUUGACCCCCGCAUCUUUGAGCUCAUAAGCAGCCUCCUCUCCCCCUCUGCCGCAGAUCGCCCGGACGCAGACGAGGCAAUUGCCAUCAUCAAUGAUAUUCUAGCGUCCUGUAACUCUGCUGAUGCACAUGUGCCUGCCAAAGGGUUGGUUAUGCACCGCGAAGCCGCCAUGAAUCUCGCGGUACGCUCAGCUCAGCUGGCGGUAAGCCUUGCAUACAUGAGAUGGCACUACGCAUCACCUUGGAACAAUCUCAAUCUCUUCCUACUGGGCUUUUCCUUCAAUUGCUCCAGUUCUACCAGGCCCUACCUUUUGGCCAUUACUUUGGCCCUUUUCCUAAUGUAG